GGUGCCUUACUGUGUCGUGAUUAUGCAUCAUGGUGCAUCACAUGCUUCAAAGUGGUGGGAGUAAGAAGACCCACCGAGUGCCGGCGAUGGCCUAUGUUUUCAGUUUUCACAUCAGUAUUCAGUUAACUGGUUGGUGAGGUUCGGCUUGUGCAGAUAAUUCAGGAAGACUUUUUCUACGUGUACCCACAUAGCGUGACGUAUUAUUGUUGUUAUUGUUGUCGCUCUGGUAACAUCGAAUCAAUAGUACCAGUUAGAUUUGUGUACGAUAUUGAUGAAUCAGAAUAUUUGUAGAACACAAAAAUGAUAGUUUAGCUAAUUUGAAAAUAUUUGUGUUUGAAAUAAAAACAAUGGAUACCAAACUAAUAAUCAUUUUUGGUAUCGUUCUGGUUGUGUGCAGUGGUUUGGAAUUGAAGAAUGGGGCUUAUGAAGAUCUGGUGAUUAAAGUGGCUGAUAAUGUGCCCCAGGAAGAUUGUACUAAGAUACUUCAAAACUUAGAGUCAACCCUUACCAGUGCCUCGCAAUACCUGUUUUCUGCUUUAGACAGCCGUGCUUUCUUACGAUCCGCAACUGUUAUACUUCCUUCGUCAUGGGCAGAUUCUUGUGUGGCUUCAUCUGUUCUUUCUGCUUCCGGAGAGAUGUCGGAUAUCACCAUAAUCCCCAGCGAUUCAGUCAGGGGGCCCAUCUGGACACAGCAGUCUUUGGGGUGUGGACAACCGGGUGACCAGAUAUAUGUAGGAUAUCAGCAUUUAAUUCAGCCAAAUAACGAUUUAGCUCGAUUUCUCAUCAAAAACUUUGCAAUGUAUCGAUAUGGUGUUUUUGAAGAACAAGGUCAUUAUGAUGAUCCCAUAUAUCCCAUGUGUUAUUACGACGACCAGAGUAACCAAGCCAAAGCCAAUGGAUGCUCAGAUUUACCAAUUAAUGGAAGCGGAGUAUGUUCGUUGACGUCACAUUCAAUAUUCAACCGGACAAGUAUGGUAGAUGAAAAGGCCAGAUCGUCGAUAAUGUUUGCUGCAGAAGCUCCUUCGAUUUCUAUGUUCUGCGACGAAGGAAAUCACAAUCGUUUGGCUCCUACGAAACAUAACUUUUUUUGUGAACGUCGAAGCGUCCUCGAUGUAAUAAUGAGUCACAAAGAUUUUCUCAGUUCUUCGCAAUUCGUAUCGAAAGGAAAUCAUAUAACUGAUACUACGCCAAGGAUUGUAUAUAAGAAACAAAAUGUUACCCGUUACGUGUUUGUGAUCGAGAACUCUAAAAACAUGAUGCAAAGAGAGUCUUGGAGUUAUCUCAGAUUGGCGAUGAGGCAGUGGGCCAGAUAUGUUUUACCUGACAAUUCGGAAAUUGGCAUGGUUUUGUUCGAUUCCGUACAAUCAACUCGUGCACUGAAUAUAGUAUCAGCCAAAAUUGACUACGAUCGGUUUGGAAAUAGUAACCGGGAUAAAUUUUAUUCUGCCAUUCCUUAUACACCCAGUGAGAGCCUGCAAUCUGGAUGUCUUCAUUGUUCUUUGAAUGAAGCUGCAAAUAUGCUAAAGGAACGCACGAAAUCUAAUGGCCCGGCAAAUAACGUUAUUGUUGCAAUUGCAGCAGGGAUGGCUCUGGAUGACCACUUAAAAGACCUUAUAAAAGAUUUGAAGGAAUUCAAGAUUAAAGUAGCGACAAUCAAUUAUCCGAGCAUAGUUCUGGAAAACACGUUGGGCUUAUUAGCAAAGGAGACAGGUGGAGCUGACUAUGCAGUUUUUGAAGAGAAGCUCAACGUUGAUACAACUUCACUAACAACUUACUUCGAACUCCACAAUAUUUUAUAUGAUAUUGUAGUAAAAUUCAGUUCCGUCAGCCGUGAUGGUCUUCCAAUUGAAAUUCAUCGUAGGGAAAUUACUGAUGAUGGCAGACUUUCUGUCACAGGUAGCUUUAUGCUGGAUUCUAAUAUGGGGGAACCUGCUCAGUUCACAUUAUUCACACAUAAUACAGUGACUCCAUUGAUCAAAGGGUUGAAAUUGAUCAGUCCAAGCCAUCAGAUUUUUACCGACAGGAAUGACAAAUUCAUUGACUUCAAAAUGAUCACUUUGAACACAAAUAUUUCUGAG